AUGCUCCAUUGUGUGGACACGUGGAUGGUAAGAUUUCAUCUGAACCGCCUUCACGGUCGUUAUUAUUUGGCUAACAUCGAGAUUAGGGUUUCAGAAGCUGAGGCUCUAUCAUCACAAAAGCAUAUUUUCUCUUUCAUCUUAAUCUUUGUUGUUGAAGUUUUCGUAGUUUUUCGAAUCAUGGAGAUGGAACGCGUCUUCGAAUUUCCUCACUCUCACAUGGAUCGGCGCCCGAGAAAGAGGGCCAGAUUGGGCUGGGACAUUCCUGAGGUCCCUAAGGCUCAGGUAGGAUUGUUUUGUGGACAAGAUGUUGGGGCUAUUUCAAGCUAUGCUCCUUCAAGGGGUCCCUCAGAACAUACCACUUGUUCCCUAUUUGUUAAGGCAGUUGCUCAAAAUGGUUCUCCCCCUUGGCGAGAGGAUGACAAAGAUGGACAUUACAUGUUUGCGCUUGGAGAAAAUUUAACUUCUCGCUAUAAGAUCCAUAGCAAAAUGGGUGAAGGAACUUUUGGGCAGGUCUUAGAAUGCUGGGAUAGAGAAAGAAAGGAAAUGGUUGCAAUAAAAAUUGUCCGUGGGAUAAAAAAGUAUCGAGAAGCAGCCAUGAUAGAAAUUGAGGUGUUGCAACAGCUUGUCAUGCAUGAUUUGCGUAUGAUUCAUACUGACCUGAAGCCUGAAAACAUUCUACUAGUUUCACCAGAGUAUGUCAAAGUUCCCGACUACAAGAGUUCAUCUAGAUCACCAAGUACAUAUUUCAAGAGAGUUCCAAAAUCUAGCGCCAUAAAGGUUAUUGAUUUUGGCAGCACCACUUAUGAGCGAGAAGAUCAGACUUACAUUGUUUCAACUCGUCAUUAUAGAGCUCCUGAAGUUAUCCUUGGACUUGGCUGGAGCUAUCCAUGUGAUAUAUGGAGUGUGGGAUGUAUAUUGGUUGAGUUAUGCACGGGCGAAGCUUUAUUUCAGACUCAUGAAAAUUUAGAACAUCUUGCUAUGAUGGAAAGGGUACUUGGUCCAUUACCACAACACAUGUUGAAGAGAGUCGAUCGAAAUGCCGAAAAGUAUGUUAGAAGGGGUAGAUUAGACUGGCCUGAGGGUGCAACCUCGAGGGAGAGUAUCAAAGCUGUAUUGAAGCUUCCUAGGCUACAGAACCUUAUAAUGCAGCAUGUAGAUCAUUCAGCAGGCGAUCUCAUAAAUCUCUUGCAGGGAUUACUAAGAUUUGAUCCCUGUGAAAGACUAACAGCCAAGGAAGCUCUAAGAUAUCCCUUCUUUAUGAGAGAUCACUUUAGGAGAUGA